GCCUGAGCUUUGCGCCUUGUUUAAGGUGAGUGUGGAGAAAGAGAAUCAAGCAAAUGUUUACAAUUAUUUGCACAAGUUGAGAAAGGCUGUGAGGGGAGUGAGUGAGAUGACAUCAGAGAUCAUAGAGGGCUGGUUUAGAGGGGAAGUUGCUUCUAUGUCAGGUUUACUGAAAUGGGACGCAAACCAGGUGAAAGAAAUGCUGGUGAGGAAUGGUGGUGGGUGGCAUGGACUUGGAUGGCUUGGGAAGGGUAAGUGGGCCGUGCAGAGGACAAGUAUUGCUUCUGAUGGACAGUGCCUCACUUGUUCAGAGCAGUUGGUAUGUGUUGACAUUGCCAGGGAAGAAACAGAGACAUUUGCUUAUUCUGUUUCAUCCUUAGCUAUGGAAAGGGAAUCACAGUCAAACUUUAAAGAGUUUCAGGAUUGGUUGGAAAGCCAUUCUGAAUUUGAAGCUGUAGUGGAUGGAGCAAAUAUUGGGCUCUAUCAACAAAACUUUGCAGAGGGCGGGUUUAGUGCUUCCCAGAGCAGCUUAUUGCAGUUGUUAAUCAUUUGCAUAAUAGGAGUAAUAAAUGGCCCCUUGUUGUCUUGCACAAAAAACGUGUCCGGGCACUCCUUGAGAGUGCCAACCACAGAGAGGUAAUUGAGAAAUGGAUAAAUGAAGGAGUGCUUUAUCCAACACCUUAUGGAUCAAAUGAUGACUGGUACUGGCUUUUUGCUGCUGUGAAACUCCAGUGUUUUCUUGUGACAAAUGAUGAAAUGAGAGAUCACAUUUUUGAGCUUUUUGGUAGCAAUUUCUUUAUCAGAUGGAAAGAAAGACAUCAGGUAAGGUACACAUUUGUGAAAGGCAACCCAAGUCUUUCAUUGCCGCCUUCCUUUUCAAUUGUGAUUCAGGAAUCUGAGAAAGGAUCCUGGCAUGUACCACUGGCAAGUGAAACUGUGGACGAGUCUACUUCGGCAUGGCUGUGCAUUACGAGACCAUACUGCAAAGACUCGAAUGAAAAGGUACAAUACAAUCUAGAAACUUCGGAAACCUGUGAAAUCCGUAGGUGUGAUCAAUUCCUGGAUUCAAAGCAGAACUCUGAUGCUUGCAACGGCAUUAGUAAUAGUCCAGUGUUAAUAGCCGGCAAGAGGAAAGACCGGUCUUGAUCUUUGUCGAUAUUUCUGCAACAUCUCAAUUAUUGGAAUCACCAAAGUUUACCUUACUUUAAUCCGAUAUUCGCAUAAAGAACCAUAUAAAUGCUCACACAAGUUCAUGUUGUGUGGGUUUCUAGAUACAUUUCGACGAGAUAUUUUAUGUAAAUAAUUUAAUUCAUCAUUUGAGCAAAUUAUCAAUAUUUCAUACGCAUAUAGUGACAUAAUAUUGGAGUAUAAAGUAACUUCUUUCGUCAUAAACAAACAUUCAGCAUUUCUUUGAUGUCAUGUGUAUUGUUUUAAAUUUGAUUAAUGUCUGAACUUCGAUCCAUAG